AUGAGGAAACCCAUCCUUUUCUGGGCAGUCGUGUUGUUGUCCGGACUCGCAUGUGCGACUGACAUUGAAACAUGCGAGAUUAUUCCAAGUUUACCGCAAUGCGCAGAAAGCUGCGUGUCAGAUAUCAUCAGCUUGAAAGAUAAUUGCACGAGCGCAAUCUUGGACGCUUGCACAAGCGAUUAUCAUGACAUGACUUCGUGCUAUAUGAACGGCUGCGGCCUGGUUGAAUAUCUCUAUGUAAUGAAUAUUACAAACACCGUUUGCAACGUUCCCCCUCGCAGUCGUCAGUCCACUCAGAUCAUUGUUGGCUCUAUCUUUAUUCCCCUCACUUCCAUCGCCAUCGUCCUCCGGCUUAUGGGUCGAUCACCAUUCUCAGAAGCAUUUGGAACUGACGACUUCCUGGCGCUGAUCGCGUUCGGUUCGUCCAUGGGCGACACAGCCGUGAUGCUCAUAGGCGCCAAAAAUGGCUGGGGCGUUGAUAUGUGGGCUCUGAGUCAGUCUGAGAUUAUUCAACUCAUGAAGGCUACCGUUGCUACUAAACUAGCCAUAUUGUUCUUUUAUCUCCGGAUUUUCACCACGGAAUGGUUCAAACGACAGGCUUAUGCAAUGAUUGCCUUGUGCGCCGCGUAUGGCCUGGCGGUGAUGUUCCAAAGUGCUUUCGACUGCAGUCCACCUUCUUAUUACUGGAACAGGUUCGGUGAAACGGCAAAAGGAACCUGCGUAAGCUACGUGGCCUACAGAGCCAUGCCUCCUAUUAAUGUUGGUUUCGAUGUUAUGGUGCUACUGCUUCCAUUACCAUCGAUUUUGCGACUGAACCUCCCUUGCGUGAAGAAGUUCCGAGUCACUGCGAUGUUUUGUGUGGGAAUCUUUAUUAUUAUUGCCGGCGUUCUUCGCCUAACCCACCUCUAUGGCUCUAUCACUACAUAUAAUGUAACCUACAACGGCGGGGAGCUUUCCUACUACGGUGUUAUCGAGGCUGAUGUUGGUGUUAUUUGUACCUGCAUGCCGCCGAUUGCUGUUCUGCUCAAGAGACUCUUUCCAAGAUGGUCCGGUUCUUCAGUAGAUCGUGGAUAUCAACCAUUCCAGGGGAGCAGUACACCAAAAAAUCAAACCCUUCGGUCGAGCCUGACGAAUAGCUACAUGGGGUCCCCGACAAAACCUCAAUCCGGAAGUGAAGACGAUAUCCGUCUCAUCCAUGUGUCCACAGAAGAUCCUCACUUACAGAAGCCAGAUAAAUGCUUCAGCUAUAGCUAG